AUGGGAGGUUUCGAACAGGGCAUGGAUAUCUAUCAAAGCGUAAAGGAUAGAAGAAUUUUAUCAGAUGUUGUAGUUGCAGCUGCCCUGGUGUAUAGCCAAAUUCCACACCCUUUGUCAGCAUCCUCUCUGCCUGUGCCAAACUGGGAGCUUUGGAACAGUGUGCGGAUAUCCAUAGUCAGAUGUAGUUGCAACUUGCCUGGUACACCAAAUAUGGAAGCAUUGACAAAAAUGCCUGAAAGAAACGUGGUUUCAUGGACUGCAACGAUUGCAGGAUACGUACAGAAUGGAUUUGUUGAAACUUUCAAGCAAUUGCAAUUGCCAGGUGUAAAGCCAAAUUCCGCAACCUUUGCCAGCAUCCUUUCUGCUUAUGCCAAGCCAAAAUGGGAGCUGUGGAACAGGUCUUUUUCAAACACUUCAGGCGACUUCAAUCUCCUGUCAUUUUUCUUUUACCAGAGUUCUUUUAUUGACCCUAAUGGUAACAAUUUGUUUCUUGGGUUUUCUGAAAAAGCAUUAGUGGUUUUUGGCCAAAUGCUGGUGGCAGGCUUGAAACCCCAUCGAUUUACAUUUUGGGUUGUUGUACCUGCAUGUUCCUUAUUGUCUUUCGUGGCAGAGGGCGUGGCAAUUCACGGUGAAGUAAUAAGAAGAUAUAGGCACAAUGGAUUGGCGGAGGACACUAGGGAGCUCUUCAAACAAAUGCAAUUGACAGGGCUAAAGCCUGAUGAGAAAAGUUAA